UCGAUCAACCGACGCCGACGCAUCGCAACAUCGCCGCGUGCACUCUCACUCUCGCCGACUAACGAAUCCACGGACACGCCAGUGGCACCCACGGCCCGAGCUACGCUCCGCUCCCCUCCAUCUCCCUCUACCCCACACCCAACUCCACCAUGGCCGACUCGAACGUCCCCCUCGUUGUGGAUAACGGUACCGGCUUCGUCAAGUGCGGCUGGGCUGGCUCCAACUUUCCCGAGCAUGUCUUCCCGUCCGUCGUCGGACGGCCAAUCCUCCGUGCCGAGGAGCGCCUCGGCAGCUCGCAGCUCCGCGACCUGAUGAUCGGCGACGAGGCGGCCGAGAACCGCUCGUUCCUCCAGAUGUCACAUCCGAUGGAGCACGGCAUCAUCAAGAACUGGCCCGACAUGAUGCACCUCUGGGACUACACGUUCGCCGAGAAGCUCAAGGUCGACACGCGCGGCCGCAAGAUCCUGCUCACUGAGCCGCCUAUGAACCCCAAGGCGAACCGCGAGAAGAUGGCCGAGGUCAUGUUCGAGCGAUACCAGUUUGGCGGCAUCUACGUCGCCAUCCAGGCCGUGCUUACGCUCUAUGCGCAGGGUCUGCAGACCGGUGUUGUUGUCGACUCGGGAGACGGUGUCACCCACAUCGUGCCAGUGUACGACGGUUUCGCGCUCCCCCACCUCACCCGCCGUCUCGACGUUGCAGGCCGCGACGUGACGAGGUACCUCAUCAAGCUGCUCCUCAUGCGCGGCUACGCGUUUGAGCGUACGGCCGACUUUGAGACGGUCCGCGGUAUCAAGGAGGCGCUCUGUUUCACCUCGUACGACCUCGACCUCGACAAGAAGCUCUCGGACGAGACGACGGUGCUGGUCGAGAACUACACUCUUCCCGACGGACGCGUGAUCAAGGUCGGCUCGGAGCGCUUCGAGGCACCCGAGUGCAUGUUCCAGCCACACCUUGUCGACGUUGAGCAGCCCGGUGUCGCCGAGCUCCUCUUCCAGACCAUCCAGCAGGCGGCUGUCGACACCCGUUCCGAGCUCUACAAGCACAUUGUGCUCUCGGGCGGUUCGUCAAUGUACCCCGGCUUCCCGUCGCGUCUGGAGAAGGAGAUGAAGCAGCUGUACCUGACGCGCGUGCUCAACAACGACACCUCGAGGUUGAAGCACUUCAAGAUCCGUAUCGAGGACCCCCCUCGCAGGAAACACAUGGUCUUCCUCGGCGGAGCUGUGCUCGCUGACAUCAUGAAGGGCCAGGAGGCCUUCUGGGUCACCAAGGAGGAGUGGGACGAGCAGGGCGUCCGGGCACUCGACAAGCUCCAGCGGGGAGAGUAGGGCUGCUCCCAGCCGCCGUUGUAGUGUAGUGACAUGAAUGUGCUGCGGAU